AUGCUGCCUAAUACAUUACAUGUCGUCAUCACUUAUUUAAUGAUGGCAGCAACUGUCAUCAUUACUCAUCCUGAGUUGAUUGAUUACCCAGGUGUAAAUAGUCAUAUCAAUGUCAAUAGUUUCAUAUCAAAAUUAAAUAACCUACAACAAGAAUUGUUGAUGUAUAAAGCAUGCUCAUGGGAUGAAAAGUAUUUGAAAAGACUUCAAUUACUUGCUUGCUCAUUAAUCCCUCCAGUAAUGCCUUUGCCACCAGAAGAGCCAUAUUAUACUUCCAAAAAAUUUAGAACUAAAACUCCAUUUUGUGGGCAAGGACGAAGUCAAUACCGAAAACCAAAAAGUAAGGUGGAAGGAGUUGACAAUUAUGGAAAAUGGGAUGACGAUAAGUUGAUGGAUUUCACUCAUUUAACUCGUGCUGAGUUUGAAGAAAUGUAUUCUAGGAUCAAAUUAGAACUGUUAAAGCCAAGAAGAUAUUAUGACUUGAGAAGAAAUAUCAAUACUAAACGUGAAUACAGAUACUCAAAACUUACUCCAAAAAACACAUUACUGCUAAUCUGUGUUUGGAUGGGAUCAUAUUCCAAAUUUGCUCUGCUGUCAGAAAUGUUUGGAGUUUCCAAAGGAUAUGUUUGCAUGGAAAUCAAACAUAUUAUUCCCAUAUUAUUAUCGGCCUAUAUGAACGAGGUUGUUAUGCCAGGACAUUUGACUGUAUUACAAGGAAGCUCUAACAUUGAUAGACUAGUAAUAGGCGCGCUUGAUGCAACGCAUUUCAGAAUCUCCAAGCCAAGUGUAGAUCAGGCUAUCUAUUAUCGUGGUGACAAAUGUAUCCAUUCUUUCAUCGGACAAGCGUUAGUUGAUCUUCAAGGCAGAUUUUUACAUUUUACGGGUGUGAUGGUCCUUGCUGAUGGUGGAUAUCAAGCAAAAACAUUCAAACAUGGAGUUGAAUUGGUACUUCCAACAUCAACCAUCAUCAGAAGUAAGCCUGAUCUCUUUGUGCAACACAAAUCUGAGAGAAUGAUUGUAGAAAUGACCUUCGGAUAUGUAAAACGAUUAUCAGCAACGGCAACAAGAUGGAGACAAAGAAAAUCUUUGCUUCCAUAUGUUGCAAUGGUAGCUGUUCUAUGUUCGAACGCUAUUUUGAAAAGCAAUCCGUUGGUUAAAACCAUGCCAAACACUUUGUUCAAAUUUCAAUAA